AUGGAAUCAUCCGGAGAUGUGUCCCAGAUGAAGAAAAACAGCAGAUUCUUUGGCACUGUCAUGGUUCUGAGUAUGGAGGCCACUUUAGUGACAAGUGGACAGGUUGAAGUUUCCAACAGGGAACUUAAGAGGAUUCUAGAUAAGACCGUCAGUGUUUCAAGAAAGGACUGGUCUAGGAAGCUUGAUGAUGCUCUCUGGGCAUACCGGAUGGCGUACAAGACUCCCAUUGGCAUGUUCCCUUAUCAGUUGGUCUAUGGCAAAGCCUGUCACUUGCCAGUUGAGCUGGAGCAUAAAGCUUACUGGGCAAUCAGAUAUUCAGCCUAUGAGAAUGCCAAGCUCUAUAAGGAGAUAACCAAGCUACUGCAUGACAAGAAGAUUGCCAUCAGAAUCUUUGAGCCAGGACAAAGAGAAGAGAAUUUUGACAUGAAAUUUACAGUGAAUGGCCAGAGGCUGAAGCACUAUCUUGGAGGCGAUAUUGAUCACCAGAGGUCCACUCAUCUGCUGAAGUAG